AUCUGCAUAGGCCCUCGAUUCUAAUCUUAAAUCUUAAAUUAUCAAACCGUAUCUUAUGAAAUCCCUGGGUGAUUUCAAGUGGGGGGAUAUGAACAGGCUUUGGGAUACUUCCUUUCCCAUCCUUUUCCUCCCUAUUCUACAUGAUUAUAAAGCACCGAACGCAACCAUAACUGCGCAACGAACGCCACCUAUUGGACUCAUAGACAAAACUCCAGUUUCAAACUCAGCAAUGGCCGGCCGGCAUCGAUAACUGCGCGCGCGGUGUAAAAAAUCAAGUUAAACCUGUGAAUACGACUAAAAGUGCUCUGGUGUUGUGAUCCCCGUGUUCCUGGCAUCCUCCACGAUGGUCCCGCGGCCGGUAUCCCCGGGCCCCGCCGAGCCCCUGCUGCCGCGCUUCUACGCGGGACGCUCCAUCCUCAUCACAGGAGCCACCGGAUUCAUGGGGAAGGUGCUGGUGGAGCGUCUGCUAUCUACGUGCCCGGAGGUGGGGAGGCUGCACCUCCUCAUGCGAGACAAGAAGGGCCACUCCCCCCACAAGCGGCUGGCACAACUCAAGCAGUCCCAGGUAUUCGACAACGUGCGAGCUCGCGACCCGCGGCAGCUGGAUAAGUUGUGUGUGGUCUCUGGAGAUGUCUCCAAGCCUCAGCUUGGCAUGGAGGCAGACGGCAUGGCACAGCUUAAAGAGGUGUCCAUAGUGUUCCACUCGGCUGCUACUCUGAAGUUCGACGAGCCGCUCCGAGUGGCCAUGGAACAAAAUGUUCGCUCGGUGGAGCGACUGCUCGAGAUAUGCGAUAAACUGCCUAAUAUUCAGGCCUUCAUCCACGUGUCGACGGCCUACAGCAACGCGGAGCUGACUCGCGUGGAAGAACGAGUGUACGCCCCUCCCGUACCCCUCGCCCAGGCCCUCACCGUCGCCGACAGUGUGCCCGAACACCUCCUCGCUACCAUCAACGCACAGUACAUAGCUCCGAAGCCCAACACGUACACGUUCACGAAGGCGCUCGCGGAGACCGUGGUGGAGGAGCACGGCAACAGGGGGUACCCCGUCGCCAUCUUCAGACCUAGCAUCGUGAUCUCUUCCCUCCGGAACCCGUUCCCCGGCUGGAUAGAGAACCUGAACGGUCCGUCGGGCGUCGUGGUGGGCGCCGGUAAGGGCCUGCUCCACGUGUUCUGCUGCCGAAGCCGCGCUGGUGCCGACAUGUUACCUGUUGACAUCGCUAUAGACACGCUGCUGGCUGUCGCCUGGGAGACUGCCACCGACCGGCCUGAACAUGUGAGGGUGUACAACUGCAGUACCUGUGAGAAUCCCACCACGUGGGGGGACUUCGAGGACGCGCUGCGCAAGAACCUGCGGGGUCAUCCGCUCGAUAACACCUUCUGGUACCCCAGUGGGUACAGUGUCGAGAAUAAAGUCACACAAAAAGCUAUGGAAACUCUACUGCAAACUCUCCCCCUGCACAUCGCUGAGUAUGUCACCAAACUGCUUAGAAUUAAAACAAGAAUGAGUCUGAUAACUGUCAGCCAGCGUCUGAAAGCUAUGAAUGAAGUGCUAAGAUUCUUCUCCGUGCGCGAAUGGCACUUUGAAACGAACAACGUGAAGAGGUUACAAGCGAGGUUAACGCCCCAGGACGCCGCCAUUUAUAAUCUAGAUCCCCAAACUAUCAAUUGGGAUGAUCACUACGAGAACUUUGUGAAAGGAACCAGAAAGUACUUAUUGAAGGAAAAAGACCAAGACAUCCAAGAAGCAAGGAAGCACCUGCGCAAAAUGUACUACGUCCACUACGGUUUCCUGUUCUUCGUGGUGACGUUGAUCUGCAGGCUGAUGCUGCAGAACCACUACAUCAGAACCCUGGUGUUCAGGACCUUCAAGCUGCUGCUCACAGUCAUCGGCUCAGUCUUCAUGCGCAUACAGAGCUGAGAGUCUGUUUAAAUACAAUAUAUACAUGUUAAAGUAUAAAACAACAUCCUGUGAAAGAGACGAAUUUGAAAUAUAAAAGCUUAUGUGUGAUGUUUAAAAAAGCAGUCAAACAAUGUAUUUAACGUGAAAUACUUUGAGAAAUGAUCUUUUUCCUACAAUUUUGUGAGAUAAACUGUACUCUAGAAAAGACCGUAAGGAUGGAUAAUACGUGGGCAAAUCGAACGCGUAGCGAUCCGAAGCUCAAAACGUCACGUUAGCUACUUUAAAGAAACUGCGGGAAAAAUCUAGUUUUAAUAACAAAGUAUAUGUAGUUAGUGUUAUUUACAUAAGAUUUUGUAUUAUAUAAUAAAUCUAGAUGGAUAUUCCUUGGUGAUAAUUCUUGUCGGCAUAAAUCAUUUCGUAAUGGUAACAAUUUUAUUUGAUAUUUUCCAUGGACAUUAAUUAAUUACAAUAUACAAUGCAAUAAACAAUAUGAUUGUGAAUAUGAAAACUAGGCGAAAAGUGAAAAAAUCUGGAGAAUGGCAAAAAUUGUUUCCUGACAGAUAUUUUAAAGUACUGGUUGGUAUUUACAAAUUGUUGUUAAUGAGAUGUACUUUUGAAUUAGUAUAAAUACUAAAAUGUAAGAUAAGUUUCUACACAUAUAGUUAUUUUUCCGCGAAAGUUGCUCAAAUUGUGUUAUAUUAUAUUUAGUAAAAUAAUAAAUGUUUUUACUUGUAGCCUUGUUGGUAUUACAAACUAUGUUUGUUUAUAUAUAGAAGUAUUUACGGGUAAAGGUUACGCGCAAGCAGGUCAGUUGUUUUAAGAUAUUAUUUUGAAAUGUAUUUCAUUUGCCACUUCUUCGUGCUUUGGUAAAAGGUAUGAUGACAAUCAAUAUUUUUUUAAGUAAAUUAUAUUUUGUAUAAAAAAACA